AUGAUGACUCUACCGGUCUUGUUGUUGUUGGUGCUCUGUUAUCAUUCCCAUGGAAAACGAUCUCAGGGUAUUUUGAGCUCCAAGAACGUUAGUUGACUGUUAAGAACACCCUACUGUAUGAUUCUUAGGACUUUGUGUACCUCGAUCGCUUCUGUUUCCAAUCCGACACUGGCGCGCUCGAAUACGCGUUCAAGUAUCCGCAGGUGACACUUGUUGUUUAUGGCACGCGCAAGCCUCUAAUUUCAGUAUUAUCCCACUCAAAUGUUACUUCUUUACUUCGACACCGAAGACCAAUGGCCGAGAGCUUACAAAGAACUCACGGUAAUCAUCGGUUCGGCAACUGAAAAACAAUCGAGCUUUUCAGACAUGCGAAGAACGCGUCCAACUUUUGACUAACCACUCGGAUAAUAAUCAAAUUGUACGGGCGACGGGGCUUUAGGCGCUAGGCUCCCCACACACAAACGUAAUCAUGAUAUUUAGAUAUUCCUGGACCCAUUUGCGUCGGACAUAUCCGGAAAUGGAAGGUGUCAGAUGCAUCGAGACGCGCUCUUCGCCGAUUGGAUUGUGUGCUCGGGAACUCGCAUCUUCCGGUAAAUAUGACUCAUUUCACGUUAGCAUUUCUGUUAUUCUUAUUCUUGUUUCCAGUUCCGCCAGAAGUCGUUGGUGGUUUUUGGCAAUAGCCAAUUGUGAUCCUACUUUGUCAGAAGAUGAAAGGAAAACUUUUAACAAUGAGUCUUAUGGGGUCUAUGCCGAGUUUUCACUUCAAAUGACCAAUGGUCUUCCAUCACAAGUUCUCAAAUACCAAUUCUCGAUUGAUGAAUGGCGUAAGACACUUCUCGCCUGCCACGCAACACAAUCACUACCCAAUUACAGUAAUCCUCCCGUCUGACACCCUCUUUUUGAUCCUUCAGACUGUGCUCAUCGUUUGCGUUUACCUAAUAGGCCGUAAGUUGACUAAAAUAAUCUUCGAUUUGUAUAAUAUUUUUCUUCGAUUUGUUAGGUAGCCUUUCUGCGCGUCGUCUCUAUCAUAACACGUUCCGGAUGUGUUCUCAAUCCAUUACAAUGAACACUUUGGGAUUAGGAUUACUGGUGACCAAUUAUAUUAUUUACGCGUUGGAUGGCAUUGGCCUACCUGUGAUUGCCACGUCAGGCCAGUUUAUACGGUUCGGUGUUAUUUCUUAUUAAAUCUAGAUUUCAAUCCAAUUUUCAGCGCUCUGGCGGACAUGCUCUUCAUGUACAUGUUACUCGUACUCGCCCGCGGAUUGAACGUCACCAAAAUGCGGUUAUCAACGGUUAGACGGAAAAAUCAAUGACUCAUUAGAAAUAGUACAUUUCAGAUUGACAAAUUCUUUCUCGUCGGCAUGCUUCUCGUCUUCAUCGGCUCCUAUCUUCUCAUGCAGUUUUGGGAGAUCAAGGUGAGCAAGUUGUGAUUUGUGCUCACAUUAAUUAACGCUUUCUCACACUCUUUGCUUCAAUGGGUUGUGAGCAUAAAGCAGAUUUUGCAAAAACAAAAAAUCACCUGCCAAAAAACUGUUUUUAAAUUUGUUUCUAACUUGCUGAAAAAUACGUAAUCAUGAGUUACAUAUUUUCACUUUGCAUUGAAUCCCCAACAAUAAUAAUAAUAAUAUGUAAUCUCUCUUUGUGAUUUCUAGUACUUCGAUCCGGCCCUGGUGUAUGCUCAAUCGGAAUCUCUGCCCGGAUAUCUGCUGGCUGUGUGGCGGCUCACGGCGUGGGUCUUCUUUGUCGUCGCGUGUCUUUUCUCGAGAAACGCGGCCCCGCAAAAAGCCUCCUUCUUCACAUGUUUCAUUCUGAUGAUGACGCCGUGGUAGGCUAAAACUGGAGGGAUACGGAACCGAGUCAAAAUGAAUAUAUUCAUAGGUUCUGGGCGCCACCAAUCUUUACGCUCAUUGCAAACUUGUUCCUAAAUAGCUGGGUACGUGCGGAGGUGGUGAAUAUUGUCGAGAAUAUUGUCACUUUCUAUGGAUACAUUGUUUUUCUGGUACGUUAGUUGACAGUUAUAGGUUAUAGUAAAUAAUUAUUUGCUACAGUACCUCUCCCGUCCGUCGGAUAACAAUCAGAACUUCCCAUUCCACAUCAGAACCACACAAGUUGACGUUGAUGUCGGAUUCGAUCCACAAACCGCCUACGUGAGUGGUUUUGGUGGUUGUGCUCUCAAAACUGAAAAAGAGGAUGACCGGAAACAGACUAAUUUAGAAGUCGAAAAAAAGAAAUUGAUAUGCAUUUUUCAGGCGGAAACUAACGGAAACGGAGCGUUGAAUGAUGGAAUGCACGGGAUCAUUGAGCUGACGGUUAACGUCAAUGUUGCUGAUAAGGAGAGCAAGGGAGAUGAAGAGGAAGACAAAGGAAUCAUCGACCGACAACAGUUCACGCCUGGAGUUUGA